AUUCCACACACGGCAAAAUGAAGGCUAAGGGUGAAUUGAAGGAGUUCGAAGUCAUCGGUCGCAAAUUGCCGACCGCAAAGGAAAAAACCACACCGUUAUAUAAAAUGAGAAUAUUUGCACCUGAUGCUAUUGUUGCAAAAUCUAGAUUUUGGUACUUUUUGCGUCAACUCAAAAAAUUUAAGAAGUCUACUGGAGAAAUUGUUUCUCUCAAACAGAUAUCAGAAAAGUCUCCAGUUAAAAUCAAGAAUUUUGGAAUUUGGUUGAGAUAUGAUUCAAGGUCUGGAACCCAUAACAUGUAUAGAGAAUACAGGGAUCUCUCUGUUAGUGGCGCUGUAACACAGUGUUACAGAGAUAUGGGUGCCCGUCAUCGUGCUCGUGCCCAUUCUAUUCAGAUUAUUAAAGUGGAAGUUGUAAAACCAAUAAAUUGUAGAAGACCUCAAGUGAAACAAUUCCAUAAUUCGAAAAUCAGGUUCCCACUACCAAAACGUAUUCAUCACAAGAAUCGUAUGCCGCUCUUCAGUGUUCGAAGACCACGUACAUAUUUCCUUUAA